AUGAACCCUUUCUUCAACAAUCCUUUAUUUCUUGAUAAUCACGGCCCAACACCCCCAAAUUUCCAAUCGGAUUCGGGUUCAUCCGACGAGACGGACCGUUAUAUUAAUCUAUUCACAAUGGCGCAUUAUGCGAUUCAACAAGAUGUCCGCGAUACUGCCUCCUCUUCAAGAACGUAUACAAGACGGGACGAUCGUGGUGAGUCUCACAACCGUCUUUUUCGAGAUUACUUUGCCAAGGAACCGAAAUUUAAUGAGACUUUUUUUAGAAACCGGUUUCGUAUGAGUAGACGGUUGUUUGUGAAGAUAGCUUCAGAUUUGGAAAAAAAAUUUAGUUUUUUUAAGAGGAAGAUCGACGCGCGUGGUAGAUGGGGGUUUUCGGCUUUACAGAGAUGUACAUCUGCAGUUCGCCAGUUAGGCUAUGGUAGUAAUCCCGAUAGUUUAGAUGAUUACCUAAAUAUGUCGGAAAGAUCGUCACGUGAAACCCUUAAUGCUUUUUGUGAUGGAGUCAUUAAGUUAUAUCGGCAUGAAUACUUGCGUAGGCCAACGCGUACUGAUACGCAACGCAUUCUUGAUCAUCAUGCGUCUUACCAUGGUUUCCCCGGCAUGCUAGGGAGUCUUGAUUGUACACACUGGGCUUGGGAUAAUUGUCCAGUAGCUUGGCGUGGUCAGUACACGCGAGGUGACCAUCACGGGCCGACGAUAUCGCUUGAAGCAGUUGCUUCACAGGAUUGUUGGAUUUGGCACGCAUACUUUGGUGUUGCCGCUUCAAACAACGACAUUAAUGUGUUGAACCAAUCUCCUUUGUUCAACCCUUUUGAAGACGGCACAGCACCGUUGGUUCCUUUCACUGUAAAUGGAACCGAAAAUCGGUACCUGUAUUAUCUAGUGGAUGGGAUCUACCCAAGAUAUGCGAUGUUUGUGAAAACGAUACAGCAUCCAACCGGUGAGAAAAGGAUUCGGUAUGCUAAGGCACAGGAGGCUGCAAGGAAGGACGUGGAGCGAGCUUUUGGUAUUAUUAAAAAAAAGUGGAAAAUACUUAGAGAACCGGCACGACAAAUGGAAGAAACCCCCAUCCGUAAGAUCAUAGAAAAGCUUAAUGGAUCGAAUUUCAUUGAUUGGUACCAUCAACUACGAAUUGUUCUGCGAAUUGAGGAACGUAUGGAUGUCAUUGAAAGACAAUGGCCUAAUGAACUGGCUGCUACUGCUUCAGCAGAUAAAAAGCUGACUAUAGAAUUCAGUACACUAGAUUCAAUAAAGUUUGUUGUUUGA